AAAAAAUCCACAAAAAUGAAAAAGAUUUGAGAAGAUGACACAAUGAAUAAACAAACAAACAGAGAAAACGGUCAUAUUUUCAGUGGCCAAGAACCAACUCUACCCCCUCUAAUAUGGCUUCUUCUUCUCUACUUCGUCUCCGACCACCACUGCAACCACCACCACCGCCACCACACUCUUCCUCUUCCAUUCUUCGAAAUCUUCAUAGAAUCCCCUCUGGUUAUAGCCCCAACAAGCAUAUUCUCACUCUCAAACCCUUUUUAUUCGUCGCAACAAAUGCCCUUACCGAAUCAUCCGACUCUCCCAAAUCCCUCGACCCACCCGACCCGAAAUUCCUUCUUCAAGAACUCGCCGAUAGCUUCAAUCUUCUUCCAUCAGAUUACUUUUCACAGCUCCCUAGUGAUCUUCGUCUAGAUCUGAAUGAUGCUGCUUUUGAUCUCUCAAAUGGACCAGUCAUGGAGCAGUGUGGACAAGAGUUGGGAAUGACAUUGCUAAACAUAUCUCGGGCUUGGGAGUCAGCCGAUACUUCAACUUCAAAAGCUUUGGUCAACGAUCUCCCUUCAUUGGUCAACUCGUUGACCAGCAACAACAAAUCAGCACUCGGCAAACGUUUGACUUCUGCUGGAAGGAGGUUUCAGUCAAUGGGUCAAUAUGGUCAAGGUGAACUACAAAGGAUUUCCAAAGCUAUGAUUUCAGCCGGGAAGCUUUUGUCGUCAACUCCUGUAUCCGAAGAAACCAAGGAAGAGUCGAAAGGCAAAACCCGCAUGUUCAAGUUUGGAGAGCUUCAAGUUGAACUAACACGAGAGAAAGCUUACAUAGGUGCAGCGAUUGGAUUUGUUUAUGGGAUUAUAUCGUGGGAAUUAAGUCAAGGCAUUCAGAAUAUACCAGAUGGCACAUUCCAGUAUGCAAAUGAGAAUGCUGCAUUGAUUGCCCAGUCUUUGCGUGGAACAUUACUCGUUCUCUUUUAUGGAUCAACCGUUUUGUCUGCUUUUGCUACCUUUGGGCUACUCUUCCUUUCAAGAGAACUCAAGUCUGGAAGGAAGUGAGAUUGUACUUCAUAAUUUUGUCAUCUUCAAAUUGUAAUGUGUUUUAUGCAGUUUUAAUGUGGCUAUUGUGCGUUAUAAAUUGGCGAAUCUGCUGUGUGUGACAGAAAAUAGGGCGGUAUAUGUGAUAUAUGAGCAAUGUAUAUUAUAGUGAUAAUGUGUUCACUUUUGUUUUA